AUGGAGCGCCGCACACUCCUCGCGCAGCCCGGGCUCUGGACCAGGGACACCAGCUGGGCGCUUCUCUAUUUCCUCUGCUACGUCCUCCCCCAGACGGCUCCUCAAGUACUCAGGAUCGGAGGAAUUUUUGAAACUGUGGAAAAUGAACCUGUUAAUGUUGAAGAAUUAGCGUUCAAGUUUGCAGUCACCAGCAUUAACAGAAAUCGAACCCUGAUGCCUAACACCACAUUAACCUAUGACAUUCAGAGAAUUAACCUUUUUGAUAGUUUUGAAGCCUCACGGAGAGCAUGUGACCAGCUGGCUCUUGGUGUGGCUGCUCUCUUUGGCCCUUCCCAUAGCUCCUCUGUCAGUGCUGUGCAGUCUAUUUGCAAUGCUCUCGAAGUUCCACAUGUACAGACUCGCUGGAAACACCCUUCAGUGGACAACAAAGACCUGUUUUACGUCAACCUCUACCCAGAUUAUGCAGCUAUCAGCAGAGCGGUCCUGGAUCUGGUCCUCUACUACAACUGGAAAACAGUGACUGUGGUGUAUGAAGACAGCACAGGUCUCAUUCGUCUGCAAGAGCUCAUCAAAGCUCCCUCCAGAUAUAACAUUAAAAUCAAAAUCCGCCAGCUGCCCUCUGGGAAUAAAGAUGCCAAGCCUUUACUCAAGGAGAUGAAGAAAGGCAAGGAGUUCUAUGUGAUAUUUGAUUGUUCACAUGAAACAGCCGCUGAAAUCCUUAAGCAGAUCCUGUUCAUGGGCAUGAUGACUGAGUACUAUCAUUACUUUUUCACAACCCUGGACUUAUUUGCUUUAGAUCUGGAACUCUAUAGGUACAGUGGUGUAAAUAUGACCGGGUUUCGGCUGCUUAAUGUUGACAAUCCUCACGUGUCAUCCAUCAUUGAGAAGUGGUCCAUGGAGAGACUGCAGGCCCCACCCAGACCUGGGACUGGCCUUUUGGAUGGCAUGAUGACAACUGAAGCGGCUCUGAUGUAUGAUGCUGUGUACAUUGUGGCCAUUGCCUCCCACCGGGCUUCCCAGCUGACUGUCAGCUCCCUGCAGUGCCAUCGACACAAGCCAUGGCGCCUUGGACCCAGAUUUAUGAACCUGAUCAAAGAGGCUCAGUGGGAUGGCUUGACUGGGCGUAUCACCUUCAAUAAAACCGAUGGCUUGAGGAAGAAUUUUGAUCUGGACAUUAUUAGUCUCAAAGAGGAAGGAACUGAAAAGGUUGCUGGCGAAGUGUCUAAACACAUAUAUAAAGUGUGGAAGAAGAUUGGGAUUUGGAACUCCAACAGUGGGCUUAACAUGACAGACGGCAACAAAGACAGGUCCAAUAAUAUCACCGAUUCACUCGCCAACCGAACGCUCAUUGUCACCACAAUUCUGGAAGAACCCUAUGUGAUGUACAGGAAAUCUGAUAAGCCCCUGUAUGGAAAUGACAGAUUUGAAGGAUAUUGCCUGGAUCUAUUGAAGGAAUUGUCAAACAUCCUGGGUUUCAUUUAUGAUGUUAAACUUGUCCCUGAUGGCAAAUAUGGAGCUCAGAAUGACAAAGGAGAGUGGAAUGGAAUGGUCAAAGAACUUAUAGAUCAUAGGGCUGAUCUGGCGGUGGCUCCUCUUACCAUCACUUACGUGCGGGAAAAAGUCAUAGACUUCUCCAAACCCUUCAUGACCCUGGGCAUCAGCAUUCUCUACCAUAAGCCCAAUGGCACCAAUCCAGGGGUCUUCUCCUUCCUCAACCCUCUAUCUCCUGACAUUUGGAUGUAUGUGCUCUUAGCCUGUUUAGGAGUCAGUUGUGUACUCUUUGUGAUCGCAAGGUUUACACCCUACGAGUGGUAUAACCCCCACCCAUGCAAUCCUGACUCAGACGUGGUGGAAAACAAUUUUACUUUACUAAACAGUUUCUGGUUUGGAGUUGGAGCUCUCAUGCAACAAGGAUCAGAGUUGAUGCCCAAAGCUCUAUCAACAAGAAUAGUUGGAGGGAUAUGGUGGUUUUUCACGCUAAUCAUCAUUUCAUCCUACACUGCCAAUCUGGCUGCCUUCUUGACAGUAGAGCGAAUGGAAUCCCCCAUUGAUUCAGCAGAUGACCUGGCAAAACAAACCAAGAUAGAAUAUGGGGCAGUCAGAGAUGGAUCAACAAUGACCUUCUUCAAGAAAUCGAAGAUAUCCACCUACGAGAAGAUGUGGGCUUUCAUGAGUAGCAGGCAGCAGACUGCCCUGGUCAAAAACAGUGAUGAGGGCAUCCAACGUGUGCUCACCACUGACUAUGCCUUGCUGAUGGAGUCCACCAACAUUGAGUAUGUGACGCAGAGAAACUGUAACCUCACUCAGAUCGGGGGCCUCAUUGACUCCAAAGGUUAUGGAGUGGGAACACCUAUAGGCUCUCCUUACCGGGAUAAAAUUACUAUUGCUAUUCUUCAAUUACAAGAAGAGGGGAAACUGCAUAUGAUGAAAGAGAAAUGGUGGCGGGGAAAUGGCUGCCCUGAGGAAGAUAACAAAGAGGCCAGUGCUCUGGGAGUAGAAAAUAUUGGGGGUAUCUUCAUUGUUCUGGCUGCUGGACUGGUCCUUUCUGUAUUUGUAGCCAUUGGAGAAUUUAUAUACAAAUCACGGAAAAACAACGAUAUUGAGCAGAAAGGAAAGUCAUCAAGAAUUAGAUUUUAUUUUAGGAACAAAGUAAGGUUUCAUGGGAGAAAAAAACAAAGCCUUGGUGUAGAGAAGUGUCUCUCUUUCAAUGCCAUAAUGGAAGAACUGGGAAUCUCACUCAAAAAUCAGAAAAAGCUAAAGAAAAAGUCAAGAACUAAGGGGAAAUCUUCCUUCACAAGUAUCCUCACUUGUCAUCAAAGACGAACUCAGAGCAAAGAGAGUGUGGCUUGA